CGCGUGGAGACUGGCUCCCAGGUCUUCCGGGAGGACGCUGGCGUCGCAGCGGGCGGAAGUGGCGCCGCUUGUUUGAAAUCAGCUUAGUCGGCUUCAGCCGGCCGGAGCCGCCGAGUGCCAUGUCUACCCCUCCGCUGGCGCCCGGGGGCAUGGCGCCGGGACCCUUCGGCGGUCCGCAGGCGCAGCAGGCCGCGCGCGAGGUCAACACGGCCACGCUGUGCCGCAUCGGGCAGGAGACGGUGCAGGACAUCGUGUACCGCACCAUGGAGAUCUUCCAGCUGCUCAGGAACAUGCAGUUGCCAAAUGGUGUCACUUACCAUACUGGAACUUACCAAGACCGGUUAACAAAGCUACAGGACCAUCUUCGCCAGCUUUCUAUUCUCUUCAGGAAGCUGAGGUUGGUCUAUGACAAGUGUAAUGAGAACUGUGGCGGAAUGGAGCCCAUUCCCGUUGAGCAACUCAUUCCAUAUGUGGAUGAAGAUGGUUCAAAGAACGACGACCGGGCCGGGCCACCUCGCUUUGCCAGCGAAGAGAGACGAGAAAUUGCAGAAGUAAAUAAAAAACUCAAACAGAAGAAUCAACAGCUGAAGCAGAUUAUGGAUCAAUUACGGAAUCUCAUCUGGGACAUAAAUGCCAUGUUGGCAAUGAGGAACUAAACUGAUACUUAAAUCUCUUGCACUACUCCUGUGAUACAAUUGGAUCUCCCCCUCAGGAAUAAUCCUUUGAGGAGGAUUACUUAUCUCUUUAUUUUACUGGCUAACUCUAAAGUUCCUGUUUCCACUUUAAAGUUUUCACUGGCUUUGUUUGUUUGUUUGUUUAAUGCCCUUGGUUCUAUAGAAGAUUAUUGUAAUAGCCUUUGAUAGGGUGUGAGUUUUGGUUAAUCUUCAUGAAUUGAAUAAUUGCUUUUUAAAGGCAAAAUAUAGUUUAAUAAAUAAAUUUUUAAACAUAACCAGUGUUGUUGCUUGUUUUAGUUACCCUUUUCAAAGAGAGGCAAAGGAUAAAUAUUUUAGUGUAUUAAAAUACCAACCAAAGUUUAUCUCUGAAAGAAAUUCAUUAAAAUUAAAAAUAUAUUACUACCUAAGCUCCUUUCUUAAUUCAGUUUUUUUCCUUUAUUUUCUUUUAUUUAAAUACCAUUUAUUUUACAUAUCAAUUUGUUUUCAAACCAGUUAGAAUAAGAAAAUACUUUGUUGCUCAAUCACUUUUAUCAGGUUCUUCAAGUAUUUUUCUGAAUUAGAAUGAGAGAGGCCAUUUGAAGAAGAUACAGUCUGGUCACAGAUUCGCGCUUAGCUGCCACCUGCCUUGGACCUAGUAGCAGGGGACUGCCUGUCAGUGACAUCCUAGCCCCAAGUAUGUUUCCAUACACUGCACUUUAAAGAGUUCUAAUCUAGACUAUUGUUAGGACAGUAGUUCUCAACCUUCCUAAUGCUGCGACCCUUCAAUACAGUUCAU